GUGCAUUGAAUUUCAAUCCUGAUGCUGCUGAUUCCCUUCCAGGAGAAAGACAAGCUACAGAUAUAAACUGGGUAAAUAAAGAUAGGAAAGACUCUAACAGUAAUCAGAAUAGAAGUAAUUUACCAUUUCCUAGUCUCUCUUCUGAGAGAGGUACAGAUUAUGAAAGCUCUUCAACAAAGCAUCAUGGCUUUUGUAAUCCAGAAAGUCAGUAUGGGAAUUCUGAAGACUUCCACCAAUAUUUUGGUACCAGUAAAAGUUUGAAGAAUCGCAACUUGCAAAGCCAGAGGUGGCACAGAUCAAGAAAUGAUAGCACAUGUACUAGAAGUAAGAUAAAACAAAGUACUCUUGAUGCUGCUGCAGGUCCAGGAGUUUCAGAUGCUGCAAUAGUACCUGGGAGAAGAGCACCUCCUAGAGGAUAUAAUGACUUUCUCUCCUCAGAGAGUGACAGGGAGGUACCUAGUGCAGAUAGCAGAGGAGCAAAGCCAAAGAAAACACAUCUGAUGCAUGCAUCUGGAAGAGGUUUCAGGGAGAAGGCAAAGCAAGUACAUGACUGGGAAAAAAGAGUGAGCUCUAAACAGAAAGUAGAGCUGUUUGAAAAUGUUCCAUCUUUGGAUUUGACUCAGUCUGACUCUUCAGAAUCAUCUGUUGGGAAGGCAUUCUGUGAUGCACCUCUUGGUAGUGGGGAUGAGCAGAAAAGCUACAAUUUUGUAAACAAAAGAUAUCCCCGGAAGCCUGUGUGGAAUAAACCCGCAGUAGAAAAGGAGUGUCAGAAAAGACAUGAUUCACACCGUAGUAAAAAUACAAAAGUAGGUAAGAAGUCUUCUCUUGCAUAUACUCCAAAAGAUAAAAAUGAGAGGAAGAAAGAGCUCUGUGUUCACAAAAAUGAUGAAAACUUGACCAGUGAAAUCAGGCAUCAGUUGCCUGAUUCUGUCAGAUGUAAUGGAAGAAAGUUCCUGCUAAAGGGGGAUCAGGCACCUGCACUUCAUUUCAGCUGGACCCAGUACUGGAAAAAGCAAAGUGAUGUACCAAAAAACAAAGAAACUCAUACGGGGUCAUUGAUUGAACAGCUGACCACAGAGAAGUACGAGUGCAUGGUAUGCUGUGAGGUGGUCCGAAUAGUAGCCCCAGUGUGGAGCUGUCAGAAUUGUUACCAUGUAUUCCACCUGAAUUGCAUUAAGAAAUGGGCACGAUCACCAGCUUCACAAGCUGAAGAUGGUAAUAGUGGUUGGAGAUGUCCAGCUUGUCAGAAUGCUUCUACACAAGUUCCUAAAACUUACACUUGUUUCUGUGGUAAAGUGCACAAUCCUGAAUGGAAUAGAAAUGAAAUCCCACAUAGCUGUGGGGAACUUUGUGGGAAGAAGAGACAGUGUUUGGACUGUCCACAUCUUUGUAACAUGCAGUGGUCUGAGUCUGGUGUGGUGUCUGAGUCUUGGUGUGGCGUUCUUGAUGUUGCCCUUUCUCCCGUAUUUAAUCCCAUCUAUUCUGAGAAACGCUUUGCAGUUCAA